GUUAAAUUUGAUUCACAAUCAAGAGUGACAAUUAGAUGAAUCAUUUCUGAGUAUAUAAAGUGAAAUUGAUUGUUUGAUUAAAAUCAGAAAACGAUCAGAUCUUGAUCAGUAAACAAUCAACAAACAAUAAGUGUAACAAUCAUCAUCAGUUUUGAUUUAAAGUGAUUCGUGAAACUUAAUCAACAAUUUACUGGAUUAGUAAUCAUCAUGUUUAAGUUUAUCUGUCUUAUAUUAACAAUUACGUUCACAAUUGGCUAUUGUGAUAACAAUCAAGAUGCUAAUCAAGCCUUAACCGCCUUGGCCACUGGUCCUAAGCCAAUUUCUCAGCUUCGAGUUGUUGAUUAUGAAUUAAAAUCAGCUGCUUGUCAUCAUCAUCAAAAAGCCCAAGAACAUCAUCAUCAUCAUCAUCAUCAUCAUGGAAAACAACAGGCUCAUCAUCACCAUCAUCAUGGGCACAAGCAUGGACACGAUCAUGGUCAUCAUCAUCAUCAUGGUCAUCAACAUGGUCAUCACCAUGGUCAUAAACACGAGCACAAACACGGACACAAACAUGACCAUAAACAUGGACAUCAACAUAAUCACGGUCACGGUCACGAACACGGACACAAACAUAAGCAUGGACAUCAACACAGUCAUGGUCAUCAUCAUGGUCAUCAACAUGGUCACAAACACAAACACGGACAUCAUCAUGGUCAUCAUCAUGGACACAAACAUGGUCACCAUCAUGGACAUGAACAUCAUCAUGGUCAUGGACACAAACACUCUGAGCACCACAAACACUCUGGAUGGCAUUCACAUUCCCACCAUGGUUGGCACGGACAUCAACAUGGUCAUAGCCAUGGUCAUGGACAUGGACAUGGACACGGCCACGGACACGGACAUGGUCAUCAUGCCCAUGGUUGGUCAUCAACCGGAUACUCAAGCCCAAUUCAUGGUUUUUCAUCAAACGAUUUCGGUAAUAAUAAUCAUCAUCAAGGUUCACCAAUGGUUCAACAAGGUCACUUUUUCGCUCGAGAUGGUUUAAUGAUGGGUAAUCCAAUGGGUCCUCCACCUGCACCACCUUCAUAUGGUCAAUCUAUGGACGGACAACUUGUUGAUUUCAGUGGCCCACCCGCCGGUAUGGUUGAAUCAGCUGCACCUCAACCACCGCCAUCUCAAGGUUCUGAUGGUCCAGGUUAUCAAGUGAUCGGCUCUGCCACCCAAACAAAAUCAGCUGAGCAACAAGCUACCAUGAGCUUUAAUGACUUCGAGAAUGCAAAGGUCGCUGCUGAAUCGUUGUUCAACCAAAUGAAUUGAUCAACAAUUUAAACCAAUUGACUGAGAAAAACACAACAAAUUGUAUAAAAUGUAAACCAAAUCCCCCAAUUGUAUAGAUAAUCAACUGCUGUGCGGAAUCAUCAUGUAAAUUUUUCCCUCGAUAUUUAUUAUAUUUAUUCACAUAUCAAAUUAGUAACAAAAAUUAAUUGUAAAUUAAUUGUUAAUAACAAAUAAACUACAACAAACUCUCAA